AUGCCCCGCCACCGCGAUUCAUCCUCCUCCAGUAGCAGCAGCUCUGGAAGGGGUGGAGGAGGGGGAGGCCGAUGGGAUGCAAACCGUUUCUUCAGAGAGCGCGAUGAGCGCCAGGAAUCGCAGACCCGAGAAAGACGAACUACACAAGUUGUUGAUCGACCUCCGCCUGCAGAAAGACGGCGACGUAAUAUCGACGAUAUACUCCAGGCCGCCCAUGAGUGCUACGGCCCGCCUGCCAGGAGAGCUGAUCGGACCUAUAACGACGAACACCUCAUCCCCUCGUCAGGUGUCUUAAUACCCUACCAGGAGAGAGAGCAACGGGACCGGAGCCCAGUAUUACGUCCUCGACUCCUCCGUCGCCAAUCCUCGCUCGACACCUUCGACCGUGCCGCCAGUCGGCGGGUCCAUGAUGCCUAUGAUAGCGAGGACUACGGACCCCCGGUGACUCCGAUUCCGAUAGUUGUCCCGCGACGGAGACGCACACCCCCUGUCCAUGAAAAAACUGACUUGACUGAGAUACGCGUUGCAGAGCCAGACUAUUAUGGAGACGAAGUGUUCCGCACUAUACGCUCGCGGGAUAGAAGUGUUACCCCCCGGCCACGGGGUCGGAGCGUUGUAACUGUUCCCCGGGAAGUCGAGGUGAGGGAGAUUCGGCCUGCAUCAGCGCCACGCCGCGGGAUGACUCGUGUGCCCAAGCACAUCGUCCACCCUCGAGCCAUUAUUGAUUCUGGCUACACGUAUGAGGAAGAGGGCAACUCCUAUCUUAUUUUCCAAGCACUGCAGGAAUCUCAUAUUGAAGACUUAGUCUCCAGGAGCAGGGAAAUCAGACGAACACCUACAACGACAGAAAUAAAGGAUACAUUGGCCGUUGGCCCUCCACGGGAAACCAUCAGCAUGGAAAGAAGGCGAUCAGUCUCAAGGAGGCCCAUACGAGUAGUAGAAUCACGGUCGCGAAGGCCAUCUGUCUCACGAGUAGAGGUCCAGCCCAUCCGUCACCAUCGCCGUCGACGAUCGUCACCUAUCCGAAUCAUCGAACCCAGGGACGUCGUCGUGGAAGAUGUCCUUGUACCCCGCGCAGAAGUUGCGCUCAUCAUGCCUGACCGCCAUCGACUCCGCGAGAGAGAUAUCCGAGCAGACAUCCUCGCCUUGGAUCGGGAGAGGAGAGCUCUAAGGCAAGAACGUGUGGAGGGAGCAUUGGAAGUUGAAGAAACUCUGGAUGUGCGACGGGAACCUAAAGGUAUGCUUAAAUUUUAA